AUGGAAAUCAUGGAUACUCAGCGUGCCUUGGAAGCUGUGGAGAGACUGCAAGCCAAACUGAAGGAGCGAGGAGAGGCCCCCACACAGGAGAAACUCUCCCUGCUCAAAACUGUCCUGCAGAGCCCCCUGUUCCAUCAUAUACUCAGCUUACAGCAAGCUCAGCGGAAGCCCCCGGCGAAGGGGAGGAUUUCCAAAUCGGUGUCCAUGAACUGUGGCCCCUGUCAAGGCAUGGCGAUGGGCCUGAAGACGCUGAGCCACAGUGACUCCUACACAUGGGCCAUGGAGAACCGGAGGCCCAGCAAUGCCAGAUCCAUCAACAGGGACGGCAGCAUCUCUUCUCUGGGCUCGCAGGAUCUGUCCCUCUCCGACAUUUACCAAGAGAACUGCAUUCACGCUGAAUCACAAUACUGCACUCCCCCUCGAAUCUCCCGCACCAUGUCGAUGGGGAGAAACCUAUCUGCCAUUGCUCAUGAGAGGCGUCAUGUGGAGAUGAUUGAGCUAACCAAUGAUGGAAAAGGGCUCGGUUUUGGCAUCAUAGGAGGGCGGAGCACAGGGGUCAUGGUCAAGACCAUCCUUCCUGGUGGAGCUGCUGGACGGGAUAAGCGCCUGCGUAGUGGAGAUCAAAUCCUGCGCAUCGGAGAUACAGAUCUGGCAGGCAUGAACAGCGAGCAGGUGGCACAGGUGCUACGAAAUGCUGGUACCAAGGUGAAACUGCUCAUCGCCAGGGAUGUUACCAAGGACAACCACCUUUCCUCUCCUGUCCUCAGCCAGAACAGCUUGGACGGCAAGCUCAGUGACUUGAAUGAUGACUAUGAGUUCAGUGUGCAGUUCACUAAGAACAGUCGGGGUCUGGGAUUCUCCAUUUCCAGCUACAUAGGUGACCUAAACUCAGUCUACAGCGCUGGCGUGAUCGUGAAGAGCAUAGUGAAAGGCAGCACUGUCGAUCAAGAUGGACGCAUCAACAUCGGAGACAUCAUUCUGUCUGUGGAUGGGGUGAGCCUGCAGGGCUGCAGUGAGCAGCGUGCCAUGGAGGUGCUGAGGAGGACAGGUCCCCUGGUCAGACUGAGGUUGAUGAGGAAGGCUGUCCGUCUGAGUUACAUUCUGCCCCCAGUUCCUCCUCUGCAGCCCCUCCGACACUCCCACAGCUUCCAUGAGGGCAACCCCUACAGAGUGGGCCUCAACAAGAUUCAAGAGACAGGAAUCUCCACACUGCGUGAAAUCUCCCGGCGAGCAGCAUACGCCAACAGACGACCCCGACACGAUUCCAGAAACGGUGUGAAACUGACGCCAGCUGAGGAGGAAGACCUGAGAAUGAGGUGGCAGCAUGCAGUGGGACAGCGAUAUGAAGUUAUUGUGUGCCAGCUGGAGCGUUUCGGUGAGACAAGUGGUCUUGGCAUCAGUCUGGAAGCUCGGGCGGGACACCAUUACCUGUGCUCCGUCUUACCUGAGGGGCCCGUUGGGCAAAGCGGCAAGAUAUUUCCCGGAGACCAGAUAUUGGAGGUGAAUGGGAUCCCUCUCAUUGGAGAGACACAUAAGGAGGUGGUCAAUAUUCUGAAGGAGCUGCCGAAGCAUGUUUGCCUUGUGUGCUCUCACGUUGUGCCCCCUGCGAUUCCCGACAGUGAUGAGGAAGACGAGGAUGAUGUCCAUCUCACCCUGAAAGAGCUGCUGGCUGAGUUCAAUGACAAGUUGGACCAGGGUUGUGUUAUCCCCUGUCCUACAGCUGAGGACAUCACCAAGCGUGGCGUGCCCCCCAUGUCACCUCCUCUGGCCAUGUGGGAGAGAGAGGCGCAGGUGGUCGAGCUAGAGAAAGGCGAGUCGGGACUGGGCUUCAGUAUCCUGGACUACCAGGAUCCUGAGGAUGCCACUAAAACAGUUCUGGUAAUCCGCUCCUUGGUGCCUGGAGGCGUAGCAGAUCGAGAUGGUCGCCUGCUGCCUGGUGACCGACUCAUGUUUGUUAAUGAAUGUGACUUGGAAGGCUCCAGCCUGGAUUAUGCUGUGCACGUCCUAAAGUCCACCGGCUAUGGCCCUGUCCGCAUUGGAGUUGCCAAACCACUACCGCUGGAACUGUGUGGCGGCUUAACACCCAUCUCAGAGAGGAGCUUGCGGGCUUCCUGUGAUGACACUGACAGCCACACUCAGAUCAGCCUGCUAGCUGAGGCAGCGGAGGCUAACACCAACUCUUACAACUCUGAGGACAACAGCAUCAUCCAGCCGUGUUACACUACAACGGAAAACCGUCUGCGACAUCGUUUCGGCAUCAUGGAAGACGAGGAUGGGCAGCAAGCGCCGCCUCUUCCCCCUCGCACCAGCUUUGAGAGGACAAUCACUGUUGUCCGGGGCAACCGUAGCCUUGGGAUGUCGGUGAGUGCUAUCAAGGACGGCUCAGGCAUGCUGGUGCGCACUGUGGUCCAGGGGGGCUCUGUUAGCCAGGAUGGCAGGCUGGGGGUGGGGGACGCCAUCUUGGCCAUCAACGGAGAACCUACAUCCAAUCUGACCAACGCCAGGGCCAGGGCCACGCUCCGCAGACACUCUGUCAUAGGGCCAGAGAUGAGAUCCACCCAUGCAGAUCUUGACAGUCUGUGUGACUCGAAUGACAUAACCUAUGUCCCAGCCCAUCAGGUGGACGAGUACCGCGCCCGUUUGUGUUUACCGCCUCUGGCAUCCAUUGCAACAACCAGCGCGAGUCCCUCACCCACCCCACCGACCCCUUCUCCAGAGCCUGCCUCGGCUCCGGCCAGAUCCCCAGAUCCGAUCAGAGCUGCUGCGGCUCCGACUCCGGCUUCGUUCACCCUCAGACCCUCCGCUUCGGUCAAAUUUAAAUCGGCAGCUCCAGAUCCAGCAAUACGCAGAACCUCGGCUUCCUUCAAAGCUCCAUCCAGGGGCCCAGCCGUGGUCCCCACCAUCACCCCGGCCCCAGACUCAAGUUGGCAGAUUCCAAAACCUCUAGCUUAUAUGAAGAAGCAGGGAGGGAGAGAAGAUGGAGAGAUAGCGAAGGAGAAAAAGAACGGGAGCAGUGCAGAUGGGAAGAUACCACAGCUGGAGGUGGAGAUAAGGGUGGAUGGCAAAGAGGAGGCUGAGGAGGAGCUUUCUCCUCGUACCCUCCUCGUUUCCUGGGAUCAGCCUAGAAGUGUGCGGCUUACUCGAGCGCCAGGCCAGUCCCUGGGUAUCAGCAUAAUGGGAGGCAGAGGCAUGGGCCGAAGACUGAGCAGUGGAGAGAUGAUGAGGGGAGUCUUCAUCAAGCACAUCAGCCCCGACAGCCCGGCAGCACAUAAUGGCACCCUCCGGACUGGAGACAGGAUACUAGAGGUGUGUGGUGUGGACCUAAGAGAUGCCAGCCAUGAGCAGGCGGUGGAGGCCAUCCGUAGGGCUGGAGACUCAGUGGUCUUCCUGGUCCAGUCUGGACAGCACCGAUCUCAGUCCCCUUUGCUUACCAACCAUGAGAGACUAACUCCAACAUCCAACUCACACAGCAGCAAGGAAGCAGAGACUCCCAGUCUGUUCCUUAGUCUCUCCCCUACAAACCCCUUCACUCCCACCCCCUUUAAGGUACCUUCGCCGACAUACGAUAGAAUGGAUCGUAGGAGCCCUAUAAGUGACACAACACCAAUCACAGCGGCAGCUGAAGAUGAGGGGGAUACUGGCAGGAAAAAGAUGCUUCAGCGUUAUGGCAGCCUGUCUGGGAAGCUCCAUAUGAUUGAGCUGGAGAAGGACCCUGCAGCUCCUGGCCUGGGAAUCAGCCUCUCUGGAAACAAAGAUGGGUCCAGGGCCCGUAUGAGUGUCCACGUGGCGGAUAUAGACCCUCAAGGACCUGCUGGUUUGGAUGGGAGGAUUCAAGUUGGAGAUGAGCUACUGGAGAUUAAUGGUCAAAUCUUGUACGGCCGAAGUCACCAAAACGCCUCCACCAUCAUAAAUAAUGCGCCGUCUAAAGUCAAGAUCAUCCUCAUCAGGAAUAAAGCAGCUGUGGGUCAAACGGCGCAGGGAUCCCCAACAGAGUGUGAGGACACUGAGACAGACUGUGCAGAGCGUGGAGGAUUAUCCAGAGACAUCCAGCACAUCAUCCUGCCUCAGGAUCACGCGGGUCUCGGCCUCUCCCUGGCAGAGGGGGAGUCCAGGGACGGAGUGGUGAUCAGGUCGCUGAUCCAGCACGGCACUGCCAGUAAGGAUGGCAGGAUAAAGGUUGGAGACAGAAUUAUAGCGGUGGGUGACGAACCAGUGGCAGGACUCUCAGUGGACAAGGUGUCCAGUUUGAUUCUCAAACACCGGGUCACUGUCAAGCUCUCCAUCAGCCGCUCUGAGAGUCUCUCCCCCUCUUCUCCUCUACCUUCCCCGACAUCUCUACCCAACCUCUGCUCUCUCCCUCCUGCCUCCCUCCCUGUCUCUGACUCUUCAUCACUUGCUACCCUGCAGCCCUCUCCCACAGGGCCGUCUGAUUGGCCGGGAUCAGCUCCCACAGCUUCGGACCCCCUGAGCUGCCCGGUUGUGGCUGGCAGGGAGACCACCAUACAGUUUUGUAAAGGAAACGUAGGCCUGGGCCUUAGUAUCGUCGGAGGAUGUGACACUCUGCUGGGGGCAGUAAUAAUCCAUGAAGUAAACGAUGGAGGAGCAGCACAGAGAGAUGGAAGGCUGCAGGCUGGAGACCAGAUAUUAGAGGUCAAUGGUAUAGACCUGCGGCAGGCCACUCACGAUGAGGCCAUCGGUGUGCUUAGGCUCACCACCCAGCGCGUCUGCCUGUGUGUCUUCAGGCAUCAGGAGGCCUACAGGGAGGAGGACCUGUGGGACGUCUUUAGCCUGGAGCUGAGGCCUCGUCCUGGAGAGGGGCUGGGGUUCACCACUGUGGGGAAGAGUAAUGACACGGGCAUCUUUGUGUCAGAUAUCAUCAGAGGAGGCGUAGCGGAUUCGGAUGGCAGGUUGUCACUAGGUGACCAAAUCCUGUCAAUCAAUGGUGAUGAUGUCCGUGCAGCAUCGCAGGAGUAUGCACACAAACUUCUGCAGAGUUGCAGUGGAGUGGUCCACCUGGAGGUGGCUCGAUUUAAAGCUGGGCUGCAUUAUUCACAGCAGAGCCAGAGCGAAGAGUCUGACUGUUCCACCCUGACCCCCUCAAGUGGAUGUGAUGCUCCUUUCAGCCACCAGAGGGCGACAGAUAACAAGACAGGGAGCUUCUCAUUUCAAGACUACCCUAACAUCAGAAAAGUUAUAAUACAAAAGGGUCCGUGUGACUCCCUGGGCAUCAGUGUAGCAGGAGGAGUGGGCAGUCCCCAUGACAACGUACCUCUUUUUAUUGCUGCCAUGGAUACCAAUGGACUGGCUGCCAAAACACAGCAAUUACAGACAGGAGACAGGAUCCUCAGUAUCAAUGAUGUGUCUGUGGAGGGGAUGACUCAUGUCCAGGCUGGAGUCCUGCUGAAGAAUGCCACCGGAACCAUCAGUCUGCAGGUGUCAGCAGGUUCGGGUGAGUGCAGCACAAAGGACCACAAUGACAUGAUCGCGCGGUCGUCAGGCCAGCCCAGCAGCCUGCCCCGCAUUCACAACAACCUCUGUGCCCGCACAUACAAGACCAUCUCUCUGGAGAGAGGCUCCGCAGGCCUGGGCUUCAGCAUCGUAGGAGGGUUCAGCAGCCCUCACGGAGACCUGCCGAUCUACAUCAAAACAGUCUUCAACAAGGGGGCGGCCAUAGAGGACGGCAGGCUGAAACGUGGAGAUCAGAUCAUUGCUGUGAAUGGAAACUGUCUGGAGGGUGUGACACACGCUGAAGCUGUGGACAUCCUCAAGAGGACAAAGGGAACUGUAGUCCUAACGGUACUCUCGUGA